UCGGAUAUUUAUCAUCAAAGCGUCUACGAAUUAGUGCACUCGGAAGAUCGUGAAGAACUGCAGCGCCAUCUGAUGUGGAAUUCACGAUUAUCUGCUGAUUGUAGUGGUCUUAGUUUGCAGGAAGUUCUAACAUCCGAAAAAGAAAAUCAGCUAGAAAGAAAUUUUAGUAUUCGUUGGUUUCGAUGUCUUUUGGACAACACAUCAGGAUUUUUGAGGCUGGAUAUUCAAGGAAAGAUAAAAAUCCUACACGGCCAACAUCCCCGAACUGAAGAUCCACCAUUGGCUUUAUUUGCUGUCUGUACCCCAUUCGGUCCCCCGUCAUUGUUGGAGAUGCCUCAUAAGGAAUCGUUGUUCAAAAGCAAACAUAAACUCGACCUCUCUGUAGUUUCCAUGGAUCCAAGAGGGAAGCAGCUCCUGGGGUACGCAGAUACCGACCUUGCUAGUAAAGGAGGUUAUGAUCUAGUCCACUUUGAUGACCUCAUUUAUGUCGCCAAUGCACAUCAGGAACUGCUGAAGACUGGAGCUUCUGGCCUUAUUGCUUACAGGUUGGUGACGAAGGAUGGAAAGUGCCAGUGGGUUCAGUCCAGCGCUCGACUAGUUUAUAAGAACAGUAAACCAGACUUCAUACUGUGCACACACAGGCCUCUAAUGGAAGAAGAAGGUAAAGAUCUCCUUGGAAGGAGGACCAUGGAUUUUAAAGUCACGUAUUUGGACGGAGGUUUAGAUGCCCUAUCAGACCGCAGUGGCCUUCUGUCAGACAACGACCUUGUUCUCCGUUGUCAGCGGAGCCGGAAGUACAAGUCACAAAUUAGGGACUUAAUUUCCACAUGCCGAAAGUGGAAAGUUCCUCAUGACGCCUUCUUAGAAAAACCUAACUAUAAUGUCUACCCCACGGACAAUGUAAGUGGGGUUGUACCUUACGCGGCGCCAGCGAUACCUCGGAACCUUUUCACAAGCAUUGAUAAUACCCGGUUCCUAAACCCCGAAAAUUAUCUUCAUUACCGUCACCUUGGUGGUUGCUACCCAGACUAUCACGCUGCUCAGUAUCCCACUAACGGAUUUCUGGACAUGAGCUCUACGGCAAGGAAGUGUUUCCCCGCCGCCUAUCCGCACGGUUCUCAACUCAACCAAGACAAUAAGAUCUACCAUUGUCAACUGGAUGUUACAAAGUUUAAUGGAGAAGUUUCCCAGCUGGUGCAACAAGUAGGCGCCAAACCAUCUUGUUGUGAAGGUCGCCCCAAAACUAACGAUCCGGGUGCUCAAUUCAGGGGGCGUCUCAUGAGUGCGUCAACGGCAGGUAUUCAGCCUUUAUUAACUUCGUUAGACAGGGACCCCACCAUGAACUUCAGCCUAGCUGGAGUGCCAAUGUCUGUAGAAACGGACUGUAUUAAUGUUAUUCGACCCAAAACCACGACGAUACCUAAUCACCUAAGGGACCCUCUGCAGAUUUCUAAAGAUAGUAUUAAAAUUGAAAGCGAAUCCUUUCAACCGUCCACCUUUUACAACGACACGAGACAAAGCGUGCUAAUGUGGAGCAACACUUUUAGUCGACCUUAUGGGGGCCAUGAUAAUGGGGCUUCAAUAUUUGACGGAAAACUUCCGAGGUAUACCAAUCAUGCAGAAGAUUUGUUAACCAAUGGUUCUCCAGCUUCUAAAUGGAACAACAGCCCCUCGACCUCUCGGUCUUCUUCCCCCAACAAGAACUCUAGUCCGAGUACGGCCAAAAUGAUGACCUCUCUCCACUACGGAGGAGCAUCUAUGUCAGUAUAUGGUCCAGAAAUGGCUCAGGAG